UCCCCCUUUGAUCGCUUUUAUAAAUGGAAUCAGGGUCAAUAUAAUUUUCUACAAAUUAAUGUCAAUCUAUUGAACAUAUAGUAAUAUAAGUGGUUGAGUAAGUAUUAUUCACCCCCUUCAAGUCAGUAUUUGGUACAACAAGAUCACUGUUUACAAAUGUCAUUGAUAGAAUGUCUGAUAUAAGCAAAUUGUAUAAAGAUUUUUGGAUUUUAAACUGCUAUCUUAAAUGUCAGUGAUUGCAAUUACAAUGUUGGUAUGAAUUUACAAUAGCCGUAUUGAGAAAUGAAAGAAACUUAAUGAAUGACUUAAUGAAAUAAAAGGAUAUGAAAAUAUGAACGUUGUUUAAAAUAAUUAUAAAUGUGUAUUAAAAUGUAUCUGGAGUCUGUUCAGGAGCGUCUGUGUCGCCCCUGCGUCGUUUUACGUGUGGUGCGUUCAGGAGCGUCGUUGUUCUGAGACGCUUUGGUUUCUCCGACCGCAGCAGCAGCAGCAGCAGCAGCGUCUUGUCUCGGUGAAAGCGGAGAUUCCCCUCAUCAGCCAGCAGCAGCAGCAGCAGCAGCAGCAACAGCAUCCAUUUAAGCAUCAGUGUUACAGUGGUCGAAUCACCACAUCUUCCCCCGGACUGACCACUCCUCACUGGGAUGUCGACGUCGAGCAACGGCGGGGAUUGGAGAGCCGAUGCUCGAGAAGACCUCUCCGCUGUGUUUUUUCGAGCGUGACUGGAAGGGCGCGGGGCGGCGAUGGAUGAAAGCAGGGGGAGACAAAUAAAAUUGUGAUAAUCGCUGGGUUUAGCUGGCUAACGCUAGCACGCUAAUGUUAGCUAGCCCUCAGUCAACUCGCAAGUGGGUUGUUUUUUUUCCUCCCUCCCCCGUUCACUGACCGACGUGGUGUUUAGAAGAAAAAAAAAACACUCCUUAAUGCUUUUUUAUAUUGAUGUCGAGACAUGCUGGAGCCACUGAGGACAUUUCUCUCAAGGAUAAAGCACCGUAGCUGUGUACUAGUCUCUCAGCGUUGACGUUCAUUAGCUAACCGAUAUUUUUUUUAACAUUCGUUAAUUUUUUUUUUUUUCUCCGUGAAGAACGAGAUGCUGGCUAAGGAGGAGUGUGUCUAACGGUGAACCCUGAACUCGCAUGGAUACACACUCCAUGAAGGUCAUGAUACUGAGAGAAUGAUCAUGCUGGAAAAACAGAGCUCGACGCAGGAGAUCGGCGAGGAGGCCGAGGAGGACGCCAUCUUCACCAUCACGCUGAGGAAGGUGCAGCUUCACCAGUCAGCCAGUAAGGGGCAGCGAUGGCUGGGCGUGGACACGGACUCCGCCCUGAGCCUCUACGAGACCUGCAAGGUGCGGACCAUCAAGGCCGGUACGCUGGAGAGGCUGGUGGAGUACAUGGUGUCGGCGUUCAGGGGCAAAGACUCCACCUACGUCACCAUCUUCCUGUGCACCUACCGCUCCUUCGCCACCACCAAGCAGGUGCUGGAUCUCCUGCUCCACAGGUAUGCCAAGCUCCAAAACGUCCCUGCAGCCACUGCACACAGAGUCUCCCAGGACGACUGCACAGAGCUGAGAAACACUGUUUCAUCCAUCCUUGGUGCGUGGCUGGAUCAGUACUCUGAGGACUUCUGGACCCCUCCGAACUACGACUGUCUGCACCAGCUUCUGUCGUACCUUCAUCGUCACUUCCCCGGCUCGGACCUGGAGCGUCGCGCCCGCAACCUGCUGGCCCAUUUCCACCGCCGACAGCAGUGUGAGCCUGAUCCUGAUGGGGAACACAUCGGCUGCCCUUUUGCAACGCAGGAAGAGAGCGGCUUUGAGGACGAACUUCCUGCUUUUAGUUUCCUGUCGUUUGACCCAAUCAUGGUGGCCGAGCAGUUCACGCUCAUGGACGCGGAUCUGUUUAAGAAGGUGGUGCCCUACCACUGCCUGGGGGGGAUCUGGUCUCAGCGGGAUAAGAAGGGAAAGGAGCACCUUGCUCCCACCAUCAGAGCCACUGUGGCUCAGUUCAACUCAGUCACCAACUGUGUCAUCACCACCUGCCUGAGCAACCCGACGCUGAAGCCCAACCAGAGAGCCAGGCUGCUGGAGAGGUGGAUAGACGUGGCUCGGGAGUGUCGGAUCUUGAAGAACUUCUCGUCGUUGCGAGCCAUCCUCUCCGCCUUGCAGUGCAACGCCAUCCACCGCCUGAAGAGGACCUGGGAGGAAGUGUCACGAGAGAGUUUCCGCACCUUCCGUGAGCUGUCCGAGAUCUUCUCAGAUGACAACAACUACUCCCUCAGCCGAGAGCUGCUGGUGAAGGAGGGCACCUCCAAGUUCGCCACUUUGGAAAUCAACCCCAAACGAGCUCAGAGGAGACAUCAACAGCAGAGAGACCUGGGAGUGAUGCAGGGGACGAUUCCUUACCUGGGCACCUUCCUGACGGACCUGGUGAUGAUGGACACUGCCAUGAAGGAUUACACUGAGGGUGGUCUGAUCAACUUUGAGAAGAGGAGAAAGGAGUUUGAGGUGAUCGCUCAGAUCAAACUGCUUCAGUUGGCCUCCAACAACUACAGUUUCACUCAGGACAGCCACUUCAGGGAGUGGUUCGCUGGCGUGGAGAAACUCAGCGAGGCAGAGAGCUACAAUCUGUCCUGUGAGAUCGAGCCUCUGUCAGAGUCGGCCAGCAACACGCUCAGAGCCAAGAAGAAUGGAGGAAUCAUGAAACGAUGGAGCGACCGGCAGUUGACGGAGGCUGGCUGCAGCAGCGCUCCAGGCUCUCAUUCCAAGUCCUUUGACCACUCACACUACAGACCAUAUCAAGGGGGCGGCGGGGACAGCGGCGACGCCCUCAGUGUCACAUCAGUCAGCUCCAGUGGUUCAGACCUGGAGGAUGUGAACGCCAGCUUCCUGUCCGAUUCACCGGAGGGACAUGAGAGAAAGACGUCGACUCCCUCAGUGAAACUCAGCGUCUCUGCUUUGGGUAGAGAAGCUCCAGCAGCAGACACAACGUCAACGAACAAGAUUUGUAGACCAGGACAUCUCUGCAGGCCUACAUUCUGGGAGUGUACGUCACUGUCGUCUCUGGACACCUCGGGCACGGGCUCCAGCUCCGGUUCGGCCUCCGGCUCCAGCAGCGCCUCCUCCUCUUCCGUCUCCUGCUCGACCCCUCUAUCCGCCUCCCGCUCACACAAACGCUCGGUGUCGGCGGUGUCGAACUACUCGACUCUGUCGCUGCCGCUGUACAACCAGCAGGUGGAUGACUGCUGCAUCAUCAGGGUCAGCCUGGACGUGGAGAACGGCAACAUGUACAAGAGCAUCCUGGUGACGAGCCAAGACAAGACUCCAGCCGUCAUCCGGAAGGCCAUGAUCAAACACAACCUGGAGCGGGAGAAGACCGAGGAAUAUGAGCUGAUGCAGAAAAUCUCUGAAGACAAAGAGCUCCGGAUCCCGGACAAUGCCAAUGUUUUCUACGCCAUGAACUCCACUGCCAACUAUGACUUUGUGCUAAAGAAGCGUGGCUCGGCCCGGCCGGUGCGGGCCAAGAAUGUGGCCAGUUCGACGCUGCCUCGCAUGAAACAGAAGGGACUGAAGAUCGCUAAAGGGAUUUUCUGAGGAGAAACGCACUACUUCCUGCCUCCCCUACGACCCCUUAACCCUCUCUGGUCUCCGCUCCUCAGAAGAAACAUUUCUGUUCGGAUCUGUUGGAGGUGAACUUGAAGUAUCCGAGUUUUGCUUUGGACAAAGACUGAGAUGCCAGAGGAGAUGAGAUAAAUGACAAAGCAACCUUUCUGUGGAUGAGCAGAAAGCAGAGGAGCACCUUAGCACUUAGUAACAGCUGUCGUGUCAUCAGGACCCUCAGAGGAUGUUAAAAGGCUGAGUCUGUCGCAGGAAACGCCCAGAUAGAGGCCGGGACACAUGUAGGGGAAAUGAAACGGCUGCGUUGGUGUCAGGCGUAACUGCUCUGUCUGAAAUUUCUCCUAACCAGUUGUGUCGGCAUGCGGAAGAGCAGAUCCAUUUCAUUUGUUUUUGUUUACAAGUGUUUACAUCUUCACAUCACUCGUCAGCUCUUAAAGAUUUUUGUUUAAGCCUCUUGUUCACGAGAGGAAAUUUGCACCUUCGAUAAAACACUUUUUAAAGCCCCAGACUCCCGCAGCCUUCGCCAUCCCUCUGAUUGACUCUUCAGGCUUCAUGCACGCCCCCUCCUGGCACGGAGUGUACAUAAACGAACAAUACGAAGCCGCAGCGAGUAAACACACACUUGUGUAACAGCUGGGUGUUCGAAUGUUUCUAUUUUUUCAGGGAACUUUUGUUGUGAGUGUACCGCUGCCUUUACUGUCUCGACCCGGGGCUCCUGAUGUCGACAGUGUUUCUCGGACUGCAGCACUGAACGUUUCGCUCUCCGCUCUCAGACGCUGGGACUCGUUUCAGCAUUUUACCACCAGCGACGCUGGCAUGGAGGGACCUGAACUCAUCCAACUUCUGAACGCUGCCAUGUUACUUUCGAAAAACAACAAAAACAAACAGGUCAAGGAGUCUGAAUGGAGAUGUGGUGUCAGAAUCCAGUGGGCACAGCCAUGAAUCACAUGCCAAUGUUUUCUUUUUUAAUGAAUGAAAUGUAACCACUACACCCUAAAGGAUGUGGCAGUCCUUUGAUCGCACUAGAAAACUGAGAGAAGAACAAGAGAGCUAAGAACAAAAAAAAAAAACCUGAGUGUAUAUAUCAGUUAACACCGACUGUGCAGUAUGUUCUUAUAAAACGGACCAUGAGAUUUUGUUAAUAGACUCAUCACGAUAUCAACACUUUUUUUUUCAUUUUGCUUUGUACAUUUUUUGCAUCUCUCUGCUCUGAUAUGGUGCUGCUAAUUAUCCCUCUCAAGAGGUCGUAAGAGCUGCACUUUCUUUAUUUCCUGUCCGCUGGCCGCCAUGUUGGAAGACAAAAGAAGCCACUAUUCUGACCUGCUGAGGGAGACGUUUAGAUGGGCUUUUAUACAAAAGCAUUUGUCUUUGAAACAACAUUUUGACCAUGUAAGACACUAAACACUAAAGAUUAUGAAGUGUUCACAAGUGUUCUUGUGUUCCCAAAAUCCUGCAGAACAGAAACUCUGGGAUGUGAUAGGCCUUUUUUUUAAUAAAAGAAUAAAUAUAGAUAACAAAUACUUAAAAUAAAUAAGAUAUUCCAUCAGACUUCAGUGUUCUGGCAAAAACAAAAUGUGAAUUCCAAAUUUCCUUGAUAUAUACGGAUAUAUUUGUUUAGCCCAUGACAUUGCAUAAGGGGAAGCGAAAGUCUGAAGUUUGUCCCAACAUGGCGGAUCAUCCUCCAUAUCCAUCAGUAACCACUUUCCAAAUGUGCCAUGACAGGCUUGUGUGUUGCAGAGGCACCCGACGAGUCCUGCUGAUUUAUCCUGCAGGACUUUUUCUUGCGGUGUCGGCUGUGGUUUUACGUGCCAGUGAUGACAGUAGAGUCUGUCCUCUUCUGGAGUGUGAAAAUAAACAAGAUGGAUUUUGAUUAUUUCCAGUUCUGGAAAAUCCUAAAUACAGAAAGCUCCGGAAACACGGAGUCUUGAAUAGAGUUAUCAACGAGGCUGUGCAAAGGAGCCCAGAUGAACAACAGUGAUCCUUCCAAACUGCACAUAAGGGAACUUCUCUGUGCUGUCCGGGAAGGGUUUUUUUUUUUUUUUUUGAAGGAAAAAUCCAACCUAAAAACACAUUAUCACUGUUUUUAAACAGACCGUUUUUGGUGAUGUACUUUUCCAUCUUUGGGGUCCAUAUUUAUUUUAUUCUUAUGGAUACGAAUGUGAGAACUUUAUCAUUUUCAAGGGCCUUCCUUUCUUUUAUGGAUUGUGCAGUUUCUCAGAGCUCACUGCUUGUUAUCUGUUUUGUUCACAGCUUAGUUACUAGCGGUAAACCUUUCCAAAGUCAAUAAAAAACAGGACAGAGGCACUUAAUGGGUUGUAAACUGUUUAGCCAGACACGCUUACAUUUGCAGCUUCUGUUAGAGUGGAUGAAUGCGUUUCUCACGCCUUUGCCUUUGUGUACUUUGUUUUGGAAAACCUAAAAAAGGAAUCACACUUAAAACACUUAAAUUGCAGAUUGUCACUGUCACUCAGAGCUAACUGCUUCAACAUCUGGAUAAAUCCCAAGUUUGAGCUACAAUACAAUAUAUGUUCCAUAUUUGAACUAGCCUUCACGGAAAUUUUGGAAAUGAACUGAUCAGUUGAAAGUGAGUCCACCAAAAACACUAAAUGACUGAAUAUCUAAGGUUGGAUUUUUCCUGAGUCGUUCUUAACACUGCAACUAAACACUCGAUCCGCUUGGAUUGCACUUCGACCAUGUUUUGCCUUUUUUGUCAUUUUCACCUGCAUGAAGUUCAUAAUUCUCUUAACGAUCAAAUGAAUGAAGCGCCCCCUCCCCCCACCCCUUAAGAAAAAAAAAAACAAAAAACCCUGCAAAAGCAAUAUGAUGACGAGCGGCAGGAGGCACGUUGUGGAUGUUGUAAGUGCGAUUGUGGUGUGAAAUCCUUCGCUGUUGGAACACUGUGACCUUUGACCCUUCCACUCUGCCCUCUCUGCCUGUUGAUUGGCGCGUCAUGUUGAGCACUGUGAACCGAAAUGAUAAUGUCUCGUUCCCCCUUAAUGGUGUCGUAGUGAACAUCCACCCUCCGCUCAGCUUGUCGGCGAGCAGCGGAGGCAACAGGCUUGACCCUACAUGUGCCAAAAAUAGGAAAGAGAGAAAAAGGUUGCUUUUAACAGAUGAGUCCUCUGCCUUUCACAGUGAAAUAAAAAAAAAUCAAGUUUG